AUGACAUUCUCGACAGAAGCUUCAUCAUGGUGCUCUCCAAAACCUGUCGAUCUCUCCGCCGCUCCUCGGAUCGGAGACAAGGCGCCCUCUUGUCCAGAGCUGCCUUUGCCCGCAGAUAAUGGCAAGCCAGCCAUCGUAACAUUCCUGCGCCAUUGCGGAUGUCCUGUGGCCGAAGCAACAUUCAUAGACAUUCGAAAAGCUGCUAGCCGACAGCCCGAUAUCGACUUCAUCGCCGUGUCGCACAGCGAUGAGCCAUCAACAACCAAAUGGGUAGCUGCAGUCGGCGGAACUUGUGAGCCCGGCUCACAAAAUCCAGUGACUGUAAUUGUCGACUCCAAUCGCAGAAUAUACGCUAAAUGGGGUCUGGGCACGACAUCCUGGAGUCAUGUCCUGAGUCCGAACGCAUUGGUGAAUGUCAUCAAGUUGGGACGGGAGACUGGGAUCUGGAAUCGGCCUACUGAGAGCGGGAGUCGGUGGCAAUCUGGUGGAUUUUGGGCGAUUGAUGCGAACGGUGUUGUGCGUUGGGGGCGUGCUGCGAGCAGAGCAGAUGAUCAUAUUGACGUUGAUGAAGCUGUAGAGGCUGUAACGGCGCAGUGA